AUGUUCUUGGCAUGGAUUAAUGAGGUUUUUGGAUGGCAACAUCCCAUCAUUUAUACCACACCAUAUCCUUUGGUAAGUCUAUGGUGUACUAAAAAAAUUACAGGAAGUUAUAAAUCCUGAUGGUAGAGGGUUACCCCCUUCAUCAACUAAAUAAUAUUAUAGAGCUAUCAAAUAUUCUCAGCAACGUAAUUACAAUGUUAUGAUCAGACAAUAUCCUAGGGUGUACGCUAGAUGCCCCUUUAGUGGUACUCUUAAUUUAUAACAAAUCUUUCCUGGACUAAAUCUGUGGUCCCUUGUCAGUUUCCAUUAUCUCAGCUCAGCCUUACAAGAUAGUACAUGUAUGAUACUUUUGGAUAGAUUGUUCAACAAGCUGCACAGCAGAUGGUGCCCUUAGUGCUGUAUUUUGCAGAAUUUUCUUCCCCGGAUAUCCACCAGGAAGAUUUCUGUAGGUAUGUACAUGUACAUGGAAUUUCUUCAUAAGAGAAAAAUAAUACUUGUAGCAGACAGGUGUUUUGUAGAGGGAGUGUUUGGACCAGAAGGGAAAGCAAGCUGGUUUGCAGUCACAACUGCAGAAUUUGCUCAAUCUACGUACAGUAGAUAUGCUUAUUGUCAGAAUUUUUCAGAGAUCGCUCAAAUAAGAAAAUAUGGAAUUAUACCAUGAAUCCCAUAAACCAAAAUUGACAUGAUCUGAAAUGUUGAUCGACAGUUAUUCAUCAAAGUCAAUUGAAUUAAAACACAAAAGCUGAAAAUUGCCUUUCUUUUUAGGAAUAUCCUGACUGACCCUGAAGUGGUUCGUAUAUGUAACAACGUCUUCUUCUGGGCAAUAGGCAAUUGCCCAGAAAGCCUUGAAAGUAAGUUGAAAGACGAGAGAACAAUUUUUAGUUGCUACGAGAUAAAAAAAUCGAUAAGCAAUCGCAGUCCACAAACGUGGUUAGAUGAUACGAUAUCUUAGUUUUUAAAUAUUUUAGUUAGUGUUGUAUAAUACCCAGUACAAUUAGCAUCAAAACUGAUUAUUGUGCCCCUAUAAUAAGGAUCAGAACUCAUCUCCACUCUUUUUUUUUUAACAUAAACAGUCCAAAGAGCACUUCUUCAAGGCCAUCAAAGAGCACCAGUACUUGUUGCCAUCACCCAUGAUGCUUUUGGAAGGCAAAUGACCCCUCGCACCCUGACUGAUUGUAAGUGUCAAUUCUACAAUUAUCAUUACUUUUUGUUAUUCUAUAACAGUUUUUUACUGAUUUUUUCUUGUUACGAGUUACCAUUGUUGAUUAUUGGUAUUAUUGCCGGUGACUAAUUUUCAAAGUGCACUCGUUUGAAAAAAACAUAGUCAUGGUUAAAUGGUUUAAUGUCAGCAUAUAUGAGGAAGAUAUAUGAGGAAGAAGAGAGUAGGUCUCACGACAGAAGUAAUUUUCAUUGGUGCUAUUUCUCAUAAGAAAAGGAAGACUAUUCGACUGCUGUGCAGCACUAUCCUGAAAGCUGCAAUUCUCUAGUAGAGCAAUUAAUCAUUUUGCAGUGUUAGAAUGCAGUUAACCUUCAAAAAUGUCUCUUUCCUUCAUUGUUAACCAGCCUACUUUUUCUACAUCAUUUAUGUCUCUAAUGUGACACCCAGCAACAAAACAAGUUACAGCAAAUUGUAAGCAUUAAAGUUACGGAGCUUUAAGUUUGUAAAAAUUUUCUGCAAGAUGCCAUGCAAGCACACUGUAACAGGACUCUGACAAUGUGUGCAAGAAUAGAUGCUCAGUGCAAUAAAAGAAAUUACUCCCGUUUAUAUUAUGAUAUGCAUGGUUUAUGGAAGUCUAACCUUCUAUUUCCAACUUUCAAACGUUCGGUUAAAAGAAAAUCUUAAACAAGCCUUGAUCCUUAAUUUAUUUUUUUUCAGUAAGUUACAAUAAUUAUUACAAAAUGUGUUAAUUGCUAUUCAAAAUCUUGUCUUGAUAGUUUUAAUUUCUUUGGCUUAUUUAUUCUUUCAGUAUCUGCACAAGAAGUAGUUAACUUUAUUUGUAAUGCUGUGACUGUGCAAAACACUCAGCUGCAAGCAAGGUACAUAUUCUACUAUUAAAUUCAAAAUGUAAUUCACAUAAGACCAUGAGGAAUCAAACCUUAUAAGAAUUAUGUUAUGGUAAAUACUCUAUUCAGUUCAACCUUAAACUGCAACCUGCACAUCUACAUGUAUAUUUUAUGUAAAACAAUACAGAUGCUUCAAUUUGUAACAAAAUAAUGUGCCCAACACAAGAAAAACAAAUUACAUUCUAAUUUAUAUCAGAGAUUUUUCUUUACUACCCUUUGGAAACCACACUUCACCACACAUUUCUGCCAUUUCGAGUUAGCAUUGUGGACUACUGAGAGAAAAAAAACUUAUUGUCUAUACAUGUAAGUAGAUGGAUCUUAACUGUAUUGGGGAGGGGAGGGGGUGUUGUGGGGGGGCUUAAAAAGCAGCCUUUUACAGAAUUCUAGCCUUUUGUCUUUCCAGCCAGAGAAAGUUUAAAAUUUGUUUCCAAGGAAUACAAGUCUCAAAAGGACCCACAACUUGAAAGGAAGCUCUCUAAAUAAUAUUGAAUACCUGUGUUGGUUUGUUUAAGAAUACACAUAAACUUAAAAUAUGCAUAAAAUUGUUUUCUUAGGACAAAUAGAGAAUUAAGAGAACAGCAAGACAGAGAAUAUCAAGAAAGUCUUGCACAAGACCAGGAAAGGGUUAGUAGCUUAAGCACAACACAACACAACAACGAUGCAAACAAAAACAUUCUGUUUACUUCAAUUAAAGAGGAUAUCAGGGAUGAAGUUUAUAUAUUUUUUGAUUUAUCCAUUUUUAUAAGGAGAGACAGAGAGCAGAGGAGAGACAGAGGGAAGAGGAGAGGCAACAAAGAGAGGUAAUUUAUGACAGUGUUACUUUGAUAAUUAAGUACUUAGUUUCCUUAAAAUCAAAAUCAUUAAAGUACAGAACAGCAAGAAUAACAAUUUAAUAACCAUUUACAUCUAUUUUGACAAGCAGGUCCUUUUAGUUGUAAUAAUUAAAUAAAGUUUCUUAAUUACAAUAAUCUUGACCUUAAAGAGCCAUAAUUAAAAAAGCAGCUAAGAAAGCAGCCAGAUUUUUCUUGUCAUUAUCUGAAAACCCCUGGUCAAAUUAAAAUCUUACUUUUUCAUGUUAACAUGAGCUUACUCGAUAUAGUAAAUUGCAGCCAAUAGUCUAGUAAUGUAUUGUCUCUCACUGUAUUUAGGCCGAGCAGCUCAGAGAAGAAGAAAGAAAUAGAGCAGAAGCAGAACGCCGAAAUGCUGAGGUAAAAAAAAAAAGUCUUGGAAAGGAAGAAUCCUAAAACCAAAAACGAUUGAUUUAAAAGAUCCUUAGUUGGUUGCAGUGUUAAAAUAUUACUCAGCUGUUUUGCUUUGCUUUGCCUUGCAUUGCUUGGAGAAACGUUUUGUGUUAUGCCUUAAUCUUGGAUUAAACUUAACCAUCUUUUGAGAAACCGGGUUCUGGUUAUCUUUUGCACAAAGAAAAUCACAUCUAUUUAGAGAAAAUUGUAGUUAAUUAGAGAUGCCCACUAACCUAUGCCAGGCUCUCAGAUAUUAGGAUGUCAAGUAAAAAUAAGAUGCUUUUCCUUUAGGAUGAACAUGACACUAGGUCACUUCCAGCUUCUUAGUUACACUAGUGUUUAUUCACUUGUUAUGCUUACUCUGAAGCUCGUGCUUCAAUGUCUGAUACAAGAGAAUUAAUAUCAAUUAACACCAGUAAAUUUAAAACAAACUCUCAUCUUUAUAGGCAAUACGUGAGGCAAGAGAGGGGCUACCUCCAGAGCCUCUGGAAAAUGAAAACACUUUAACAGUGAGAAUCCGUGGCCCAAAUGGAAAUUCUGUACUGAGGACGUUUUUCAAUCAUGAAACCACACAGGUAAAACAAAGUGAAUCACCCAUGUAA